AUGGACGACCACAAAAUGAACAUCACCCACGCCCGCCGCAUCCUCUUCCUCGGCACCCGCCAAUCCGGCGCCCUUUCAAUAGUCAAUGACCUCACAGGCACCGCGCCCUCUCCCGACAUCAACGGCUCCACUGCAGGCCUCACCCACGAAUGGGAUGUCAAAACCGCAUAUUACUCGGCCACCGUCCCCAUCUGGAUUGACGAAGUCCCGGACUUUGAGGCGUGGAAAGAGGAGUUUCUGAAAGAGGAAGCGAAGGAAGUUGUUGAUGCUGUGGGGGCUUGGAUUUACUGCUUUGAGAGGACCGAGGCUGGGACUAGUGAGGAAGUGGAGAAGGGGAUGAGGAGUAUACAGGAGGUUGUCGAGAGACAUGAAGGGUUUGGGGGCGAGGUUGUGUUUUUGGCGGUUGCCAAGGGUAAUGGUGUUGCAGGUGCUGGCAUCGGGCAAGAGGAGAGUGAGGACAAGUGUAUAAAGUCUGGAUUUGAGUAUAUCGAUUACUCUGCCACCGGGACGAACGAGUUUGGCGAAAAGGUUGGUUUCGAGAGGUUGAAGGAAGCGCUGGAGACCAAUGAGUGGGCUACCGAUGACCGAGAUGACGAGCUGGAAUUGGACGACAUGGGCUUCGACGGAGAUGAUGAGGAUGUGUUCAGGGGCUUCGCGAGAGACGAGGUCGAAAUGACAGCAGAGCUGUUUGGCAUGAAGGCUGCGCUGAACCAGGACGAUGACGAGAAGAUUGACACAGACGAUUUCAUGCCACCACAGAGGCAGAAGGAUCAAGUCGAUGAUCUGGACCGCAUGAUGGGCAAGCUCCUCGCGAUCAAGGAGCAGAGCGCUGACUUGCCGGAGCAGCAGCGGAAACGCUUGGCUGCGCAGGCUGUGAAGGAGCUCGUGAAGGAGAAUCCGAAUAUCUGA